AUGCAUCCUUCACAUCAAGAUGCCAACCAAGCCUGGCCAGCGCUGGUCGCAGGAGCACUCAAAGCAGACUUCCACAACAUAGCCUGGAGUGGAGCAGGUGUCGUUUGGAACGCUCCUGGCUGCUCAGCAGAAGUACCCUUCAAGGACCUCUACCUAAGAGUCCUGGGGACGAAAGCGGAGCCGACCAUCAACAAGUCUGGCGACUGGUGUCCAGAAGCGACGGUGGUCUACCUGGGCGGGAACGACUGGUGGUCUCUCUCUUCACGAGGUGACGAUGCCCUCAUCGACGGCUUGCGCGAGUUCCUCACACGACUGCGUGUUUACAGAGGACCAGAGGUUCCUAUUUGCAUUCUGCUGCCAUCGCCAACUUCGGUGUGCGCAUGCAUUGGCAGCUUGCCAGAUCAGGCGAGCUUUGCAGAUGACAUGUCACGCUGUUGGCGUGCAGCUGCUCAGCUGGUUAGUGACGAGAAGAUCUUCCUGGAUGUGAUUGAGCCCGACCCCCCUUGCUCGCUGUCAAAUCCCGGAGACUGGGGACAAAUGGGGCAUUGGUCCGUGGAGGGGAACAGGAAGUGGGCUGCAGCCGUGGUUCCCGUUCUCAAGGCACGGCUAGCUUCGACGACUUUCUGA